AGCCGGCCCAGGCUGCUGGCCGAGGCUAACCGCCUGCCGGGCGCCAGUGCGCGCGACCUCCCCGCGGCCCGGGGGGGGGCAUGGCAGCGCGGCUCCUCGGCAAGCUGCGCCCGGGGCUGGCGGCCACGAGCACGAGCGUCGCAGGCCUCGCCAAGCCGCAGCAAUGCCUGGCGGAGGAGCCCGAUUGGGUGGUGGGCGGGCGCUACGAGCUGCUGCGUGAGGCCACCCUCCGCGGCCCCAGCACGGAGAGCGAGGCCAUCGUGGGGAAGCUGCCCGCGAAGCGGCUCGUGCUGCUCCUGGCGCUGCACCGUAGCUCGGUCAGGGCAUCCACCAACGAACUCGUGACCGACGAGGUGGUGCUCGGCUUCUUGGCGGACACGUCUCGCGCGGGCUGGCUGUACGGGUGGGCGCAGCUCUCCGGCCCGGACACGGACCACCGAGGAGGAGCGAUCGCUCUGAGGCAGCGCUGCAGGAGCAGCUGGGAGGUCGGCGGGCGCUACCGCGUGACGGGGAACCUCGCCCUCCGGGAGGGCAUCGAGCUCGACAGCCCGGAAAUGCGCGAGACGCGCAAGGGAGAGGAGGUGUUGGUGCUGACCCUGGGGCUGCACAUGCAGACGCCGUGGCACGACGGCUUCUGCUCCUCGAGCACCUCACCCAGGGGGAGCACCCCUGCCGCGCAGGAGGCGGGCGAGCCCCGCCUGCGGGCGGAGGUCCGCACGGACUCGGGCGAGGUGGGCUGGCUCACCGUGGAGCUCCCGGGCGGCAGCCCGCUGCUGGACCCGCAGAACCUGUACAGCCCAGAGGCCAUACACAACCGGCCGCUCGUGUUCCGCACCCGCCAGAGGACCCGACCCGCCGCGGCACAUCUCAUGGAAGAAGACACAGCCCCGACAUGUGCUUUCGGAGG